CUAGAGUGGAAAGCCCAGCAUGCUAUCAUCUGCCGUGUUUCCUGCCUGGGCACAUUACUUUUACCAUGUCCCUUGGGAAUAACUUGAUCAGAUUAGCAUGUGGUUAGCCAAUAGCAACUGGAAGGCCUCUCCACGUGUUACUUUGUUGCGUUAUUAGGAAACGUGUCUGGAUAGACCUGCCCACUGCUUGCUGCUCAUGUUCCUUUGUGUUCCUGUGCUCUAACUCAUGAGACGAGAUGAAUGCAGACUGUGCGGGCAACUCCACCUGCCCUGCCAACAGCACGGAGGAAGACCAGCCCGUGGGAAUGGAGGGACAUGGGAACCUGAAGCUUGUUUUCACAGUGCUCUCGGCUGUGAUGGUGGGUCUGGUCAUGUUCUCUUUUGGAUGUUCAGUGGAGAGUCAGAAGCUCUGGUUGCACCUCAGAAGACCGUGGGGCAUCGCAGUGGGCCUGCUUUGCCAGUUUGGACUAAUGCCUCUGACAGCGUAUCUGUUAGCCAUUGGCUUCGAUCUGAAACCAUUCCAAGCUAUUGCUGUCCUCAUCAUGGGGAGCUGCCCUGGGGGCACCAUCUCUAAUGUUCUCACCUUUUGGGUUGAUGGAGAUAUGGAUCUCAGCAUCAGUAUGACAACCUGUUCUACAUUAGCCGCCCUGGGAAUGAUGCCACUCUGCCUCUACAUCUACACCCAGUCCUGGACUCUUCCACAGAACCUCGCCAUUCCGUAUCAGAGCAUAGGAAUUACCCUUGUGUCCCUGGUUGUUCCUGUGGCCUCCGGCAUCUAUGUGAAUUAUAGGUGGCCAAAGCAAGCAACAGUCAUUCUCAAGGUCGGGGCAGUUCUGGGUGGCAUGCUCCUACUGGCGGUGGCAGUUACUGGCGUGGUCCUGGCAAAGGGCUGGAACACAGAUGUUACUCUUCUGGUCAUCAGCUGUAUUUUUCCCUUGGUCGGCCAUGCCAUGGGCUUCCUGCUGGCACUCCUCACCCACCAAUCUUGGCAAAGGUGCAGGACGAUUUCCAUAGAGACUGGAGCUCAAAACAUCCAGCUGUGCAUCGCCAUGCUGCAGCUGUCCUUCUCUGCCAAGUACCUGGGCCAGCUGUUAAACUUUGCAUUGGCCUAUGGACUCUUCCAAGUGCUGCACGGGCUGCUCAUUGUCGCAGCAUAUCAGGCAUACAAGAGGAGGCAGAAGAGUAAACACAGGAGGCAGCACCCAGAUUGCCCAGAUAUCUGCUCCGAGAAGCAGCCCAGAGAGACCAGUGCUUUCUUGGAUAAAGGGGAUGAAGCUGCCAUAACUCUGGGGCCAGUGCAGUCAGAGCAGCACCAUAGGCCAGCUGAGCUGAUCAGCCACAUUCCUUCAUGUGAAUAGUGGGAGACAUGGAACAGCUUGGCCCUCCAUCUUCCUCUGUGGCCAGUGAGGACUAUGUGUGGUUGACAGAAAGCAGCAGCCUCUCCCUGCAAAGCUGUCCUCCCAUUGUGGAAUGUAACCCAAGAGAGAGGACACCAUGCAGAGGAGACAUCGCUCACACUGCAGGACAGAACGUCCACAGGCUUCUUGACUUCAGGCAGGCGCUCUGGAGAAUUAGAGGAGACACUAAGAGAAGAUUAGCUUCGGUGAUGUGAUUCUUAUUCUUAAGGGAUCAAACAUUGUUUAAUUUUGAUUAUGCGUCUAAUGUAAGUGGGCUAGCUCUUUCUCUUGAGAGGAACAGACAGGUCCCCAGAAUCUCCAAACCAUAGAUACACCGUAGAUACACUGGCUUGUCCAGUCUCCAAAACAACAGAGACAUAUGUGGAUCCGUUGAGCAGCAAAUCGCCUGUAGCUUGUAUCCUGUGUGCUUUGAUAGUUGAUCAAUGAUUAUCUCAGAGCAUUUUUACAUAUAUGCAUUACCUACCUCAUUCUUUAGAACAGUGGCUGUGUCCAAGUGUUGUAUAAUAUAGGACUGUAAUUUAUUGAAGGCAUCUUUAUUAGUAUUUAGAUGUCUUCCAGCGCAGGGCUGCUGUGAACCCCUGGCCCUUACCCCAUGUCCCAUAGGCUAGUUCCUGCAGCUCCAGUGGGCAGGCCCACAACUCCUCCAAAUCCUGGACAGACUGUUGUGUCUCAGAAGUGCUUUGUUGUCCACUCCCAUCAGUCCUAAGAAAUGAUUUCUCAUCAUUUUGAUUUGCGAAAACAUUUCAUUAAAAUUAUGAUCUCAAAAUUAUCAACCAGAA